UGCGCCGGCCGCUCUAGCAACCCCUGGCUGUCACGCUCUGGUUUCCGGCUCCGUUCCGGCGCGUCUGAGCGCUGCGACUCCCAGAGAAGAACUGUGCACGUGGAGAAGAUCGGGGACUCCGCGACCCUGCCCUCCGGUCCCUCAUGUUCGAAGAGCCUGAGUGGGCCUCGGCGGCCCCAGUAGCCGCGGGCCUUGGGCCCGUAAUCUCACGACCUCCUCCUGCGGCCGCCUUGCAAAACAAAGGCUCCAAGUGCCGGCAGCUCUUGGCCACAUUACAGGCCCUAGAGGCAGCAUCUCUUUCCCAGCAUCCCCCCAGCCUACCUAGCAGUGACUCUGAGGAGGACGAGGAGGAAAGGAAGAAGAAAUGCCCCCAAAAGGCAUCGUUUGCCAGUGCCUCUGUUGAAGUAGGGAAGAAAGGGAAGAAGAAAUGUGAAAAACAGGGCCCACCUUGCAGUGACUCUGAGGAAGAAGUGGAAAGGAAGAAGAAAUGCCACAAACAGGCUCUUGUUGACAGUGACUCUGCUGAAAAAGAGAAAAGAAAGAGGAAGUGCCAGAAACAUGCCCCUAUAAAUUCAGCCCAGCACCGGGAUGGUGUUGACCAAACAGGUCCCAAAGCCUGGAAGGGUGGUACUACAAAUGAUCCACCGAAGCAAAGCCCUGGGUCCAUUUCCCCUAAACCCCCUCGUACAUUAAGCCGCAAGCAGUGGCGGAACCGGCAAAAGAACAAAAGAAGACAUAAGAACAAGUUUCGGCCACCUCAGGUGCCAGGCCAGGCUCCAGCUGAGGCCCCCACAGAGAAGACAGAGGUGCCUCCUGUUUCCAGGACAGACAGCCAUGAGGCUCGGGCAGCGGAUUUGCGAGCCCGCAUGGCACAGCGGCUGGAUGGCGCCCGAUUUCGCUACCUCAAUGAACAGCUGUACUCAGGGCCCAGCAGUGCUGCACAGCGUCUCUUCCAGGAAGACCCUGAGGCUUUUCUUGUCUACCACCGCGGCUUCCAGAGCCAGGUGAAGAAGUGGCCACUGCAGCCAGUGGACAGCAUCGCCAGGGAUCUUCGCCAGCGGCCUGCAUCCCUAGUGGUGGCUGACUUCGGCUGUGGAGAUUGCCGCUUGGCUUCAAGUAUCCGGAACCCUGUGCAUUGCUUUGACUUGGCUUCUCUGGAUCCUCGGGUCACUGUGUGUGACAUGGCCCAGGUUCCUCUGGAGGAUGAGUCUGUGGAUGUGGCUGUGUUUUGCCUUUCACUGAUGGGAACCAACAUCAGGGACUUCUUAGAGGAGGCAAAUCGAGUACUGAAGCCAGGGGGUCUCCUGAAAGUGGCUGAGGUCAGCAGCCGCUUUGAGGAUGUUCGGACCUUUCUUCGGGCUGUGACCAAGCUGGGCUUCAAGAUUGUCUCCAAGGACCUGACCAACAGCCAUUUCUUCCUGUUUGAUUUCCAAAAGACUGGGCCCCCUCAGGUAGGACCCAAGGCUCAACUUUCAGGCCUGAAGCUUCAUCCAUGUCUCUACAAGCGCAGGUGACCUCUGGAUCUUCCUUGAAAGGGGAGGCAGAGCUCAAACUCCAGGCUCACAACUAUGAAGACUAUUUCCAGCCUGGCUAUAAGCCAAGACCUGGUUCCUGGUGGACCCCGAGGACAAAGUGUGAUAAAACCUCUGACUCAGCCGGGCACGUUGGCUCAUGCCUGUAAUCCCAGCACUUUGGGAGGCCAAGGCAGGCGGAUCACGAGGUCAGGAGAUCA